AUGGCGCAAGCUUCAGAAGGAACGGCUGAAGCAGCGGCAGGAGCCACCGGAGGUGUGAGCCAUCUCCCGUGGCAGCAGGUCCCGAAGUUUACGCCAGGGGUGACAAGCGUGGACGAGUACUCUCAACGGCUUCACUUUCUCAAAGAGUUGUGGCCAGCCGAGCAUCUGUCGUUGUUGGCUCCCCGAGCAGCCCUCUUGGUGGAGGGGGACGCCUUCCAAAAGAUGAGCCGGAUCAAGCCCGAGCAGUUGCGAGGACCUGAUGGUGUGAAGUACCUUGUGGAGUCGCUGGGCGGGUCUUGGGGAAAGACCACAGUGGAGGAGCGAUACCACUUCUUUGAGCAGGCCAUCUUUCAGACGCAACAGAAGGCGGACGAGAGUAACGAUUCGUACAUUGCCAGACACGACGCUUUCUUUGAGGAACUCUUGAGCCGUGGGGUGACCCUUGAAGAGAUCCGCGCCUAUGUUCUUCUCCGUCAUUCCUUGUUGGCGCCGGAGGACAAGAAGCGUGUGAUCGUGGAAGCCAAGGGCGACUUGAAGUACCAAGAAACGGUCCGAGCAGUGCAGCUCUUGGGGUCCAAGUUCUUCACAGACUUUCAGAACCGUAGUGGCCCUUCAAAUGCCAAGGCAAUGGAUCGAAGCAAGGUCUACGACAUCCACAUGACGACAGACGACGACACCUUUGAGGAAGUGCACAAGGACCUCAGCGAUGAGCUCAUCCUGGCUCACUUCCUUGAGGCCAAUGACGAGGACGCCAUCUACAUCACGGAGUUUGAAGAUCAGAUAGUGGAGGCGGUGCAGGAGAGUGAGUUGGCCCAGCCUUUGCCUCGUACCAAGAAGUUGUUCUGGGAAUGGUUCAAGAAUCCUGCUGUUGAUAUCGCGCAUCCGGAAGAAGUCCUUUCCCACGUUCCCAUGUUCACUUGUGCUGUCCAACAUGUCUUCAUCCUCGCCGGCCCUUCCGACAGCUCCGAGGCGGUCCACAACCUGUACUGGCAAGCUGGAAGGGGCAAGCGCAGCGCACCCACUCCAGUUGUGAGCGGCUUGACUACGCCGCAGGAUUCCACAGCGGACGCAGCUGAGAUGGAGGUGGAAGAGGAGGAGGCAGCUCUUGAAGUCACAGCGGCAGCAGUCGGAGUGUCUACCACCGACCACAACGCCAUGGGCCAGCGGCUAGACAGGGCGCCCGCCAGCAACCGCGAGGUGCCUGAGCGAUCGGAGCUUUCGGCACGGGAUGAGAGACGGGAGGUAUCCAGUCAAGAUGGCAGGAUAUCCAGCCAGUCUGCGCAACCUUCGCAAGCCUCCGAGCAAAGGGGGACCGAGGACGCGGAGCUGGUCUUAGAGCCAGACUAUGGGAGGCUUGCGGACGCACCGGCUCCUGUGGAGUCGGGGCAACCCGUGGUUUUGGCCCCAGAGGGUCAACAACUUGUGGAGUCUCCAGCGAGAAGAUCCGUGUCCUCAGGGGGUACGUUGUCAAAGUUGGAAAGAGGUCUCACGCCGCACGAUGGAGAGAUUGGAGAAGGUGAGAGCCGCCUGGAGAAUCAGAUGAGACGCAUGCAAGAGCUCAUGUCGCAAAUGGUUGCGGCUCAGGGGGUCAUGCAAGAGCGUCUGGCUCGGGUGGAAGAAGAGCGAGCUUCAUCGAUGCAGUCGGUGGCAAGCAAAGAGGGAGCAGCUCCACAGACGUACCAUUCUCUAGAUCAGUGGCGACAGUCGAGCCAAGCUCAACCUGACAGCAGACCUGCACUCACGAGCAUGGAUGAGCCUCUGGAAAUGUGGUAUGGUGGCGAUGCGUCGUUAUCAUCAAGGUGCACUGAGUCCAAGGAGGUAGAUGUGGCUGUUGUAGGUCUUUGGGAGGGCCGGAACUUCAUCAGGGUCAUUGUGGGAUGUUUCAGGGGCAAGGGAUGUACGACUGAGCCAGCUAAGACCUCGCCGAUGACGCCUGGAGGAACGAGACUUCCGCCAGGGGACCCUCCUCCAACUCCGCCAAGGCCACCGCCGUCAGCUCCGUAUGACCCAGGGGAACGCGCGCUGGAUUUGCUCAGAUCGGCGCUUGGUGUGCAAAGUGAAGGGCUGAUUCGGCAAGAAGAGGUGUCAAGGAGUGGCGCGAAGUUGCCGGCUUUGGAGCCGGGGUCGGGAGUAGCAGCAUGUGUAGCAGGGGAUUGGCUAGCUCAGAUCACUCCUACCAUGCGGGCCUUGUCUAACACAGCAUGGCAGUGGUGGGAUGAUGUGUGGAAUGCUGCGCACGCCUUGUAUCAGAAGUGGCUGCAAUCUUCGCCAGCGGAUAGACUUCUGUUGAAAGCUGUGCAGGACGGAGAGAGACCUCGGUUUGAGACUACCAAGUGGGCCCGGGUAGAACAGCACGCCAUUGGGUUGUUAGUUGAGGCUCUACCGAAGUGGCUCCAAACCGAACUGAUUGCCAACCGACAGCUAGACUGUACUGCCAUAGUGUUUCGGAUUCUCACGGCUUUCCAACCCGGAGGACCCCAGGAGAAGGCAGUGGUGUUGCAAGCUCUCACUUCACCCGCAACCGGAAAGAGUGCCCCAGAAGCCUUAAAGGGUCUUCGAAUGUGGGUUCGUUUAAGGAAACGGGCAGACGAGUUGGAAGUAGCUCAGCCAGAUCCGUCCCUGCUUGUAGCAGCAAUUGACUUGAUCACCGCGGAGGUGCUCAAACAGCCACCUGCUGGGGAUGGGGAACGGCAACGGGAUGCCGGUUCGGUGGAGGUGCUGCAGACAGCGCUGAAACGCCUUUCACGGGUAAAGGAGAUGGAGGCCCAGGGAGAAGGGGGAGCCACGUCUCAUGAAGAAGCAGGCACGGAGGAGAAGACGUCUCCACCAGCGCCGUCACAAGCCGAACUCCUGAAGGACUGCGCUGAUCUUCUUAAGUCGAUGAAGGUGAAGCGAAUGUUUGUUCGUGGCGUUAAGGCAAGUGGGGGAGGAAAAGGGCUCUUGGACGGAGGAGCGACGUCUUGCUUGAGGCAAGGCACCCCUGAAGAACGAGCAGGUCUCCCGCAGAAGUGUGUGGAUUUGGCGGUAGGACAGGCCACGUUGUACAUCAAAGAAACUGGUGUGCUACUCACGGCUGAACCAAUAGCUCCGAUUGUCAGCAAGAACGCGUUGGUCAAGUGGUUGGGGUGCGAGGUUCGAUGGACCAAGGCUGAGGGGUGCACGGUGUAUCAUCCGAAGCGGGGAUGGUUGGACAUCGAUAUGUCAUCAGGGUGCCCCGAAGUGUCGGAGAGUCUUGCGCUUCAGCUCAUCGAGGAAAUCGAGCGGGCUGUUCAACAUCAUGAUCAUGUCAUGCGUUGCAUCGAAGGUAAGAAGGUCCAGGACAGAUUCUCAGAGUCACGUCGUCGAGCAUGUGAGAGUCUCAGGGAGGGAAGCGCCGAGGAGUUGAAGAGGUGGAUUGCCCAGCGGUUCCCAACUAUCCCCGAGCGGUUGGUAGAGCGCAUGGUUACUGUUCCCUCAACUGCAGCGUCGCCAUGGAAUCGAAGAAUCCGUAGGUCUUGGGAUAGGAAGGAUUUCCUCAUUCUUCACUUGUGCUGUGGAACAAGCAGAAAGAUGUUUGACCACUUGGUGGAUAACAGGGUUGGGGUUGUCACGGUCGAUAUUCAGGAGGACCUGUUAUCGGAUGACACGUUGGCCAUGCUCCUUCAUCUAAUUGUCCGAGGGAAGGUGAUCGCGGUGGUGUCUGGCGCCCCGUGUCGGACGCUUUCAGGGUGCAGACAUAGGGACAGCCCAGGUGCUCCAAAGCCGGUGCGAGCGCGCUAUGGGGAAGAAUUCUGGGGGUUGCAGGGUUUGUCUGAGGAUGAACAAGCGGCUGUUGAUGGGGAUAGCCUGUUAUGGCUCAGAUCGCUAGUGGUGUACAUCACAGCUCAGUAUUUCACAUGGCGCGUGCAUGAGUGUGACACUUGGUUCGGAUUUGAGCAUCCGGAAGAUCCUGCUGUGGUGUGGGGUGACGAAUCGGAUGAUCAGGGAAGGUCCUAUCCUAGUAUUUGGGCCUCGGAGGUGAUGAGCACUCUCGCUGAGGAGUGUGCUUUGGGCACGAUCGGGUUCGAUCAGGGGCCCUUGGGGCAUGCAAAGCGCAAACCGACUCGAAUGAUGCUUCACGGGAAGCCUCACGUCUCUUUGAUGCAAUGCAGGGGAGAGGGUGUUGAAAAGAUUCGAGCGGCAGCUGGGUUGUCAUUGGGGCAGUCCGGAGCGUGGGCUGCAUGGGCCCCGGGCCUGAAGGCUGCGAUAGUCGACAUGGUUCAGGGGGUACUGGUUGAUGCUCAACAUGUCCGUGCAUGCAGUGGGGUCCACGUUGCCAAGGUCAAGGAUCAUGCUUCGUUCACGCAGCACGUGCUUCAGGACCACAUGCCAUUUCGAAACGAUUGUCGGCAUUGUCUCGCGGGGAGGGCCAGAGAUCGCAGGCAUUUGAGGCAGCAGGUUUCAGAGGCCUACACGCUUCAUGUCGAUAUGUCGGGGCCACACAAGGAAGGGAAUGACCAAUUGGGCAGUGCCAGAUAUGUUCUAAUCGGAAAUUUCACUGUUCCUGUCUUGGGGCCAAACUGGGAGGAUGCUUGGGAGGCCAAGGAUGCCGAAAUUCCUGAAGGUCCCUGGGAGCAUCUUGAUCUUGAUGAAAAAGUUGAUGUUCCGCAGGAAGGGGAGGUGCCAGCUGCCGGAGUUUGGGACUCGGGGGAAGAGGAGGCUCAGGCAAGCGAAGAGGGCCAUGAGCCAUCGGCUGGGGACAAACGGGAGGAGGAAGAGUGCAACACGGUCUGGGCUCGCAUUCGCAAAAACUUGCAAAUGAAGCAGCUGAAAAUGGAAAACCUUGUCAUGGCGGAACCCCUCGCGUCUAAAAAACACGCUGCGGUACUUGAAGCGGUCGCCAAGAUGGUCACCCGGAUUCGGGCUGCGGGGUACCCAGUGGUCCGUCUGCAUUCGGAUUGUGGAGGGGAAUUCAUGAGUAAGGGUCUUCGCAAGUGGUGCGCGCUGCAAAGCAUCUACAAAACUACCGGGGAACCAGACGUGCCCCAAACUAGGGGUAGAAUCGAGAAUGCUGUGGGGCGGGUCAAGGGUCUUGCAAGGUCUCUGCUUCAGUCUCAACCGGAUCUCCCGAUCACGCUUUGGCCUCACGCUGUUAGACACGCAGCGGAGCGACUGUGGCGUAUCAGCAUGGCUGCACUGGGUAAGGAUAAAGUUCAAGACGCCCGAGUGCUGGCACCAGCGCUGGAGUUGUCGAGGGGCUACUAUGUCGAAACUUCGGAAGGGGAAGGGUUUGUGACCAGCGUUCUUUUCCAGAAUGUUCAAGUAGCUGGGCAACCUGGGUCAGCAGUAGUCACUGAGUGUGAGCCGGUGAACUUGCGAAAAAGGGUCACGGGCAAGCAGCCGCCCCCUGAAGAACCUCCACUUGUUCGAUCUCUCCAGGAUGUUCCUGAUGAGGAGUCUCAUGAUCCACUUGCUUUGCUCAUGAAAGAAGAUCAGGCAGCCGCAGCUCUGGCGGCGCAGACGCCGUGGGAUAGGGAUGCAGUUGUUGAGUUUCUCAAACAGACUGAGCUUCGCAAACGCACGGGCUCCUCUCGCACUGCCUUGCAUGGAGGGGCGCAAUUUAUCUUUGGGGCAUGUCGUCAUGGUGGCGUCAUAGGAACUUCUGGGUUGACGGGGGAUCUUCCAGGCUUUACUGCGCUUCUGGUCCGGCUGAUUCGGGAAGUGGUGCCAGAUCAUCACUUCACGUCUGUAGCUCUCGGAUACAAUACCAGAAUGGACGUCCACCGAGAUCUCAACAACCAAAAGGGGUCUCGGAAUGUGGUGGUUCCUCUUUGUGUCCCCAAAACAGGGGGAGAAGUGUGGGUGCAAGCUCGACAAGGGGAUGUUUUGCGGGGCCAACCGCAAGUCCAGGUUGCGAAAGGGCAGCCUCUGGUGGGGCAAAUCCUUCCGUGGACGGAUGGGUAUGUCACUUUGGGUCCAAACGCCUGGCAUAUGGUCAUGCCGUGGAAGGUUGGUCAGGAGCGCAUCGUUCUCGUUGCGUAUUCGGUAGGGGCCUGGCAAGCGGCCACUCCAACACUGAAGGGCCAGCUUGAGGACCUGGGAUUUCCACUUCCUUCUGGGGCCAGGUUGGUCGACCCAGUGGGUCGAGGGGGAGUAGGUGGAGCUGAAACUGGCGUAGCGAUGAAGAAGAAUUUUCAAGCCACUCAGUCUCAGGAGCCUGGGGCGGAGGUUGUAGGGGAAGUUUGCUGGUGCAAGGGCUAUCAAGUUGAUCCAUCGCUGUGCCUGUGUAAGGGGCUCAGGGAGUCGCCUCUAUCAGAUUCUGGAGGCCCUUUGAAUCCACUUGAAGUAUCUCAGGACGAGUGUCAAGGGGAGAGAGGGCUAGGUGAUGAGGACGGAUCUAUGAAGGUAGUGUAUGCCAUAGAAGAACUGAGUGAAGAAGAUCCUGCAGAUUUCUACUACUCGGUGGGAACUCGGGGGUGGGAUGAGAGUGAAAAGCCGCAAACUCUUCUGGUGGACUCGAUCGUUGAGGCCUUAGACCGAAAGCAGGUGAUGUUGUCUGCCAUCCUCUGGGCAGAAGAAGAUCGGCUGGCCCAGCUCAGCGCAGAUCGCAGGGAUCAGAGCGGUGAACUUGAAGUGGUCGAGAGGACUGUGCUGAGUCUUGAGAAGGACGUUGGCGAGUUGAGAACGGUCAUACGUAGCAUGAGGUCUCAUCUUGACGAGGACAGGUUCGGGAGAUUUGGGGCUAAUGUCUUACCGCCUUUCCAGGGUGAUCGUGUAGGUGAGGGAUCGAAACAUCGAUGUGCUAUGAUGCAGACCAGCGCGGACAGCGCGGAAACCGACAAGCCACCUCAGGACCAUGAGAACAGCGGCAUUCCGGAUGAGUUUCUUACUUCCAGGUCGGUCACUCUUCAGGAAGUCCAAGAGAACUUGGAUGAGUGGAUCGAGCCACUUCGAGAUGAGGUCAAUGCCUUGGAGUAUGUGCACGAAGCAGUUGAGAGUGUUACCGAACGUGAACUUCAAGACUUGGAGAAGAAGGGCUUCACCAUCGAGCGGAUACCGGGUCGCGGGGUCUUCGUAGUCAAGGCAGGGACUGGGCGAAAGCGAGCCAGGAUUGUGGCCUGCGGUAACUAUCUGGAUCCAUCGAAAGGUGUCAGCGCCGGGGGAGUCGAAAGUCAUUCUCCUACACUCCAGGAAUAUUCCACGUUUGCAGCAGGUUUAGACAGGACUGCGUUCAGAGCACAACUUCGGAUGGCAGCUCUCAACAAGUGGAGCGCAGCGGGACUGGACGUCAAGACGGCGUUCCUGAGAGCUCCAUUGGGGCCGGUGCUACAAGAGCGACACCUGAUCGCGGUGAAGCCGCCCGCGAUAUUGGUGCGCGCAGGAAUCGUGAAAGCUGGUACAUUCUGGCUAGUUCGCAAGGCGGUGUACGGCCUUGCUCCUGCUCCGAAGGCAUGGAGCACGUACCGAGACGGCGAACUUCGACAGAAGAAAUGGACUGGCAGUCAGGGGGGCAGCUUUGAGUUUCGCCCUAUGUACAGUGACCCAUCGCUGUGGGAGGUGCUGUGUAGCGGUCAGGUGGUCGGACACCUGGGCGUUUAUGUGGAUGAUUUGUUGAUCACUGGUUCAAGGUAUGCGAUCAAUGAAGCGAUCCAAGCAGUCCGCAGCUUGUGGGAGACAUCUGAGCCGGAAUGGAUCGAUGAGCCCGGUGGCUUGACCUUCUUGGGCGUUCAGGUGCGGCGAACAGCUGAGGGAGACUAUGUGCUCAAUCAGGUCAAGUACGCUCGAGAGCUGCUGUCAAAGUAUCCUCAGGUUCAAGCAGGGUCAUGGGUGCCGAUGCUCAAAGAGGACGUGGGGGAGCCAGAGCAGCAUGUCACCGCGGAGGACCGCCGACGAGCCCAAGGCAUCACAGGUGAGAUGAACUGGCUGGCGUCAAGGACACGUCCUGACCUGGCGUAUGUCGCCAAUCGGAUGAGCCAGUGGAUCCCGAAAUGGCCACGACAUGUCUACAAGGUGGGUUGCCAAGCUCUCAGGUAUCUUCGGAACACAGCUGAAUAUGGACUCAGGUUUUCAGCAGAACCAGAACGCCAGUGCCAGGAGGGAUGGUCUAUGACUCCAUCAGUGGAGCAGCUCAUGGUGUAUGCUGAUGCGUCGUACGCACCGCUAGCCGAGCCGAGCCAGACCGGAGCAAUCCUGCUCUGGGCAGGCUCACCCAUCUCUUGGGUGAGUUCGAAGCAAGCUCUGACGACUCUAUCCACGGCUGAGGCAGAACUCCUUGCCUGUGUUGAAGGUCUUGUCCUCACUGAUGCUAUCGACGAUGACGGUGAGGAAGAUGGUCAGUUGAUGUGGGAGGGCGACUCUUCGUGGCAUACCGUCUGUGUCAACAAUUCCCAGAAUCGCUAUGUGGUCAUCGACGUUUGGAGCGUCGCGGAUCAUGUCUUCCAGACACAGGAGGCGCUGAGCACGGACCCAGUGACGAUCCCACAGGGCAACAACUUCUUCUCCACGAUGUUGGAGGUCGUGCAAGCCUUGCAGGACAUUUUGCAGUCCAAGCCCUCAGACCACAACUCCACUGAGCCCACGAGGCCGCCAUUGGUCGUCGGCGGCGAUUACGCGAACUGGCACGAACCGUAUCCGUUCAAGCUAGAGGCUCCUGUGGUUUCGAGGGUGCAUUUUAGCUGGGACGAAAUGUGCGACAAGUUCCGGGCUGAGUCCCAUAAGAUUGGGGACUACAAGGUGGCCACAGCCCAAGGCAAACCACCCCCCAAUGCCAGCAAUCUGCUCAACGCUGCGGCGGAGGAUGGCAGCUCCCAAGUCCCAAUCACCCCGACCACAACUUUUGGGAAGGGCCGGCCAAGCGGCUACUCCUUCGGUAGGUCCGGGAACUGGAAUGGCCAAGGCCUUUACAGUGCCAGCUCGGGUGCUCGUGAAGACAGUUGA